AUGGCGACCAAGUCGUGGGAAGAGCGGGUGGCCGACAAGAAGAGCCGCCUCGAAAAGACCAUCCCGCCGGAAUGGCGCAUCAAGACGCCGCCAACUGGCGACUCCUUCAUGUCCUACCCCAAGGAGAGCGGAAUCCUGAGCAACGGUGAACUGGCCAUCACAGAGUCCAAUGCGACCGAUCUGGUGCGCAAGCUGGCCGAUGGAGAGCUCACCUCGGUCGCGGUCACCACCGCAUUCUGCAAGAGGGCCGCCCUAGCACAGCAAUUACUCAACUGCAACCUCGAAUUCUUUCCCGACAUGGCGCUUGCGCAGGCCAAAGGCCUCGACGACUACUACGCCAAGCACAAGAAGCCAAUUGGGCCGCUGCACGGUCUGCCCAUCUCGCUCAAGGAUCAGCUUCGUAUCAAGGGCCUCGAGUGUACCAUGGGCUACGUCGCCUGGAUUGGCAAGUUUGACACCGAGGAUUCGGUGCUGGUCGCGCUUCUGCGCAAGGCCGGCGCCGUCUUCUACGUCAAGACCAGCGUUCCGCAAAGUCUAAUGGUCUGCGAGACCCUCAACAACAUCAUUGGGAGAACUGUCAAUCCGCGCAACAAGAACUGGUCUUGCGGAGGCAGCUCCGGCGGCGAGGGCGCCAUCGUAGGAUUCCGCGGCGGCGUCAUUGGAGUGGGCACGGAUAUUGGUGGCUCAAUUCGCGUGCCGUCGGCUUUCAACAACCUCUUCGGCCUGCGUCCAAGCCACGGUCGCUUGCCGUAUGCCAACAUGGCCAACAGCAUGGAGGGGCAAGAGACGAUUCACAGCGUUUGCGGGCCCAUGUGCCACACGAUUGAUGACCUUCGGCUAUUCGUCACGUCCGUUUUGGCACAGAUGCCAUGGCAGUACGACGCCAAGGUCAUUCCCAUGCCGUGGCGACCGGCCGAGGAAGAGAAUAUCAGGCGCAAAAUGGCCUCUGGGGGUCUGACUCUGGGCUUUUACUCCUGUGACGGCAACGUACUGCCGCACCCUCCUGUCCUGCGUGCUGUAGACACGGUUGUCACCAAGGCCAAGGAAGCUGGCCACACCGUGGUGUCGUGGGAGCCGUACAAGCACCCCUACGCAGUCGACCUCGCCAACAGAAUCUACGCCGCAGAUGGCGGUGCCGACGUCUUCACCACCCUCAAAGAGUCCGGCGAGCCCGCCAUCCCCAACUUCAAGGACCUCAUCAACCCGACUUUGCCCAAGCUCGACAUCAAUCGCACGUGGGACGCCAACCUUGAGAAGUGGAAUUACCAGAACGAGUACCUUGCGAAGCUGCGCGAGCUCGAGGAGAAGCUCGGCCGCGAGGUCGAUGCCAUCAUCGCGCCAAUCACACCCACGGCAGCUGUCCGCCACGACCGCUUCAAGUACUACGGCUACGCGACCGCCAUCAACGUGCUCGACUUUACGAGCGUUGUAGUGCCCGUCACUUUCGCAGACAAGAACGUGGACGUACAGAACGCGUCUUUUGAACCGCUCACCGAGAUGGACAAGACUGUUCAAGCAGAGUAUGAUGCGGAAGCGUACAACGGCGCGCCUGUAGCGGUCCAGAUUAUUGGGCGGAGGUUGACCGAGGAAAAGACUGUCGCAAUUGCCGAAGAGCUGGCGAAUUUGCUCGGGACCAACAAAUGA